AUGUCGAAUCUAUCCCAUACGUAUGAGUCCGCCGCAAAGGACAUUGAACAGGAAAAGAAAAUGGUGGCUGCGCUUAAGCGUAUGUCUAUUGGUCAACAGCUAACUUAUGAUCCAGAUCUUCCUCCUCCAUCAGUGCAAUCUACCUCAGAUGAAGUCUUAGAUUUAGAACAUUCCUUAAUCAAUUUGUCCAUAGAUACUUCAUUACCUCCAUCAGAUUCGUCUCCGUCGUCCUCCUCCCCCUAUCCUUCCAAACUUUUAUCCCAAACGUUCACUAAAAAUCAAAGUAUGAUUGGUGGUAAUAAUAGUUCAAAUUCCCUUGUAUCAUCUCCAAUAUCUCCUGCAAGUGCUUCAGAACUAGAUGAUCCAGAUUCUUAUUUCGAUGCCUCCCUGUUAUCAGGGACAACAGACCCUUCAAUAAAACAUCCAUCUCCAUCUCAUUCAAGACCAGCUACCCCAUUGUCAGCAUCUUCUUCUCCGUCAGCUUCAGCUUCAGCAUCUUCUGUUGAUCUUCAUUCAGGUUCACCAUCAAAUUCAGUCAAUUUUGAUAACAGUCAAAAUAAUAAUAAUAAUAACCUUCUUUGGGUACCAGCAAAUAUGCACCCACAAGUGAAUCCAGAGAAAUUUAAGAUGCAUGUUAAAUCAACAAUGGAAGAAAUCAUGGAAAGACAAAUCAACAGAAAGAAAUCUCUUUCUCGUAAGUCAUCAUUAAGCAGCUCUUCCCUUCCGGACACUGAUACGAACUCACAACAGCAGCAACCACAAGCAUUAUCAUCAACUUCAUCCCCAUCUACUCAACAGCAGCAACAUCCACAAAUGUACAUUCCAAGCAGUGCUUCUCAAUCAAGCUCUUCCAGAUUGAAUACUCCUCAGCAUCCGAACUCGGUUCUGGAGUCAUCCCAGGCAUCCUCAUCAAAUUCGACGUCAUCUACAGGAAUCACAAGAGAUGUAAACCCACAAUCAGCCAAACGCAAAUCUGAAAACUUGGAAUUGAACAAGCGUUACAGUAAUCCUUCGUUACGUGAAUUAUCAACAGAGUUAGAAACAUUAUCAAAAUUAGCAGGCAUAGAUGCAAGUGAUGCAGUAACAUUAGCUCGAACUUUGAGUUCUAACUCAAUUGGUUAUACUUCUGUUGAAAGGCUAGCUAUGGAUGAAUUGGGAGGUGUGAAUACCCCUUCCAAUUCCAAUAACAAUUCUUCUAGUUCGGGUUCAUCCUAUGCACAACAAAAUCUUUAUCUGUCGUCGCCUCAAUCUUCUGGUUCACCAUAUUCAUCAUCCCCCUACCAUAAUGACCCAUACUACCCUAGUCAUGAAACCAGCUCAUUAUCACAGGACUUUUCACUUAAAAGAGCAAGAAGAUUAGACUAUAGAACAUUACAAAGAAGUGGAGUACAAGCAGAUCCAACGUUUAGCAAUGCUAAUGCUAGUGCUAAUGCUCCCAAGAGAAAACCUUCAAGGGAAUCACAAUUUUUGUUUAGAGUUAAACCAAGAGACUCUUCUCAAAACAGCACGUCAUCAGAAUCUGCUGCUGGACAUUCAUUUCAAGCGGACACUGAUCCUAAUGCUAGCCACCCUUCCAAUUUAAUUGGCCCUUAUCAAUAUCAAGGGCAGAAUCAGAACACGCAGUCAACAUUCUCUUCUACUCAUCUGAAACUUCCACUGAAUGGUCUGAAACAACAGCAGUACAACCAAAGACAAACGUUGAUGGGUGAAUCUCCAUAUCCAACGGGUUCCCUGAGGAAAACAUCUCAACUGAACUCUUCAUUUAUGGUAGGAGGAUAUCCUAGCAACAAGCCUGCUACCAAGCAAUAUCAGAAGCAACAACAGUUGAGACAAAUGUCUCAACUGCUUCCAGGAAUGAAUGUUAGUGUAGGUAUGGGAAUCAAUCCCAAUAUGAAUUUGAAAUAUCCCAAGUCAAGAUCAAAGAAACAGAAUGCUUAUCCUAAAUAUCAUGUUCAAAACCAUCCUUCUCUGCAGCAACAACAAGGCUUCCCCCUACAGAGACAGGGAUAUCCACCUCAACAGCAACAAGGAUAUCCAACUAAGCAACACCAACAACUGGCUUAUCCUUCUCAGCCUCAGGGAUAUCAGGGCCAAGUAUAUCCAAAGCAAGGUAAUGGACAUAGACUGAACAACCAUGGGUAUCCCUCAUCUUCAUCAGUAAUGCAACAACAACAACCACAACAACAGCCAUCGGGAUAUCAACCACAGAAACAAGCUCAACCAAUGAAUGCUCAAACUGCUAUGGGUAACACUGCUCAAUAUAAUCGUUCAACUAUGACCAGUGUGCCUAACAUUGUGCCAAAUUCACAGUCUCAACAUCUAGCAGGUUCUACUCAACCUACACAACAGGUUUCUCCUAGAUCAAGAAGAAACAAAGGUGCUUAUGCCAUGAACACCCGUUACCAUACUACAAAACCACCUGGAAAGACUGGGUAUGGAGCUGCCCAAUCAAGUAUAAAUCAGAACUUAGAUUUGUUGAGGUCCGAGAUUAAUGAAUUCAAAGAGACAUUAAACAAAACAGAAGGUCCGAAUGGAACCUUUGAUCAAACGUCCUCUCAGCAAGCUUCAAUGCAACCUGAAGCGCAACACAACCAACAAUUGCAUCAGAACGUCCAGCAACCACAGCAGGUUUAUGAGAAGAAUGCUCGUACAGGGAAAUAUCAAAAAAGUCAAGAGAACGAAGAGGUUGUUGAUAUUAGCUUUGACACUAGUACACAAGAUGUUAGUUAUGAAGAUACAUUGGGAAUUGAACAAGAAGUAUUAAAGGAGCUUGAGUUAGAGCAUCAGAGAGUUUCAUAUAAACCUAGACAACAACAAGAUCCUAGGUACCAACAACAAGGUAUGAACAUAGAAGAAACAGCAGCAAGGCUGGAAAAGAAAGUCAUACCAUUGGGUACAUCAACACCUCCAUCUGAAGUUGAAGAAGUGUUGGAGCCUCAAAGGCAGAUCUAUGAUGGCAUUAUCUUUUCCAAUGCUGAUGAAAAUCAAAAUAUCGAUGAAGAAGCAUUGACUGAAGUUGAAGAAGUCAAACCACAACAACCUCAAAGGACUUCUCCUACCAAAAAGAAGUAUGAUAUGGUUUCUCAUUCUCGUCAUGAAUCCGAUGAGAUGGAAAUUGACAGUGGCUUAAAUUAUGGAAUCACAUCUUCUGGUUCUGGAGUUAAAGUACAUGUUCAUAAGAAGUCUGGUGAUUCCAUUUUAUCAGGACGUAAAUCAUAUGAAAAUACCAAGCAGUCUUUAGAGCCAAAAACUUCACUUGAAAAAAGUGGAGCAAUCAAAGCAAGCCAACCUGUUGCCAAUUUAAUUGAUAAUCCCAAUAAAAGCUUGAAAAUGAAGAAAUCAUGGGGCUGGCUUCGUGAAAGGUCUGCUAGUUUUUCGUCUAUUGAAUCAAAAAACCUUGCCACUAGCCCGAUUAUCAACAACUCCAAUCACGCAGGUGCAGUCGCAAGUGCAGGUAUUCUGAAGACUCCCCAUAAGACACCACUGUCACCUAAAUCUCCAACAAGGUCAGUUUCCAAUCCUGAAAUAUCCUCUCAUUUGGAACAAGAUGAGAAGAAGGCAACUACGCCAAAAGAGAAUAUGAUUACUAAAUUAUUCAAGAAGAAGAAGGCAACUGCAAGUAGUCUGAAUUCCAAUGCAAAGGAAGCUAGUGCUGCCAGUACUGUUAAUAGUGGAGCACCAUCUUUAUUCACGACUGUUCGUCAAGAAAGUACCACUAUCGGAGUACCAUUAAUUCACAGUGAUUCCGAUGGCACUUUAGACGAAGGAGGAGACUCCCGAGAAUCAGAUUAUGAAUCAGAACCUGACUCUAAGAAACGGAAAGGAAUGGGGAUCUUCAAGAAGAAACUGAAACUCCUGGUUAAAUCAGAGAGACGUCCAUCACACCAUGAUAAGUUGAAGAAUAUUCUUUCCAUUAACCAGAGUGGUGGAACGAAAGGUGACGGCAAUAACAGGAAUAAUAACGAUGAACCUAUGGGAAGCAAUUUUGGAACAGAACGAGAUAUUUCUAAUGUGGAAUUGGAUAGUAUAGCUGUUGAUGAGAUCAAAGAUGAACCGCUCUCUAAAUAUGAAGAUCUUGAUGUUGAUCAAAUUGAGGUUGAACUUGAUGCCAAUAAAGCAUUGGGAGGCAAUGGAGUACGGAAUAAUAAUGAAGUAGAUAAGGAGAAUGUAAAGACUGCAGGCUCAAACGAAGAAGAUGCAACAGGUGAAGGUACAUCAGUAGGGGUUACAGCUGGAGAAGAAUCCACAAUUUCAGUUGCUGGAGCCAAACCUGCUGAUAAGACUGGCAAUACUCCUUCGACAUUAGACAUUCAAGAGAAGAUUAAAAAGUCUAUUAAAAGGACAUCAAGAGCUAAUCAGCCAAUCCAAUUUACAGAUUCAGCCUUUGGGUUUCCCUUACCACCACCAUCCCAAUCUACAUUGAUUAUGUUGGAUUAUCGAUUCCCAGUUCACGUUGAAAGAGCCAUUUACAGAUUAUCCCAUUUAAAAUUGGCCAAUCCCAAACGGUCAUUACGUGAACAAGUUUUGUUAUCUAAUUUUAUGUAUGCAUACUUGAAUUUGGUUGAUCAUACGUUGCAUUUGGAACAACAACAGAUAGCCACACCUUCUGGUACUUCUGAUACUGAACAUGAAGAGGAAGAAUUAGCUAGUGGUAAGAAAAAGGUAAAGGGAGAGAUUGUUAGUAUUGAUUUAAGUGUUGUACCUUAA